AUGGCUGAUGACCUUUGUUACGCCGCAAUCCAGACCUCUACCCUUAUGGUGGAAACUGCCGACUCGGUUCACCUACCCGGUGCGAGUCAGUGGAAAUUAAAAGUACUUCAGGGUGCCUUGGCAGGCAUGAGGGAGGAAGUUCAUGAUUUAGAGGCGGAGCGUCAAAAGGGGGUGGUUCGUGUGAUUGACAGGGUCAUCGAGAGCGCUGAGUUCGCCAAAGGGGUCCAGGAUGCUCGUGAGGCUUGUGAAGUCCUUGGUUUUGAGAAGGGGAGGCAAAUGAGUGGUUGCUCUACAUCUUCCAGUAACUAUGAAGUUUCGGGUCCUGGCUAA